UCUAAAGUUUAUCUUGUUAGAACCAAACAAUUUUUUAGUUGAUUGAAAUCUGACAUAACUAUUUAAUGUGCUUUUGUUUGGACAAUAUUUCUGUCGUAGUAUGAACAUAUUAAAUAUUGAAGUUAUCAUUAAAGUGAAGUCUAACAGAAUUCAUUCCUUAAACUCAAUAUUCAAGAUGGCGACCUUUUCUCAGUCAACUGUGGAUAAAGGCUCUGAUUCAUUUACAGACUUUUGUUGUUCGCCAUGUAAAGAGCACAAUUUUGACCAGUGGGCAGAAUUUUACUGCACUAACUGUCAAAAAUGUUAUUGUGCAAAGUGUAUAAACCUGCAUAGUCAGUUGUUUGGGAAACAUGUGACAUAUGGAAGGGGAGACACAAGUAAGUGGCCAGUGUUUAUUGACGUAUUCACUGUGAAAGGGUAUGAUGUGGGAAUAGCAAGUGAUUCAUCUAGCUGUCAUAUCACUGCCGUCUGUGUUCUCUCUCAUGAUCAGAUUCUUGUUGCAGAUAAUGCAAAUGAAUGUGUAAAGCUACUAGAUCUGCAAUACCAAGUGGUGGGACACUGUGAUUUAUAUACUCACCCACGUGACAUGUGUCUAAUCACACCAAGUGAAGUAGCUGUCACUGUGAAUAAGGACAAGACACAUGAGGUCCAGUUUGUCUCCGUGAAUGUUGGGCAGCUGGUUAAGGGAAUGAAGUUACAGUUUCAACAUGAAUGUUAUGGUAUUGCUCAUGAUCAGAAGGACCUGUAUCUCACCACUGGCACUGCACUUUACAAGUAUUCAAUGAGUGGAGACCUGUUGAAUAAGCUGUAUGAGAAAACAUCAGGCAAGCAUUCAGUAUUGAAGUGUGCAGUGAGUCCAACAGGUGACAAGAUAUUUGUCACCAACGGUGACCAUCACAAGGUCCUCACCCUGGCCAGAGAUGGUACAGUACUCUUCACCUUUACAGACCCAGACCUAAAAUGGCCAUGUGGUAUUCAUGUGACAGCUCAGGGACAGGUGCUGGUUUGUGGAGGGACAUCCAACAAUCUCAUGCAGCUGGAUGGUGAAGGCAGGAAGAAGCUGGCAACUCUUGCUACCAAUAGGGAUGGACUAAGUGACCCAAAAUCAGUCUUCUACAUCAGGAGCACAGCCUCAAUCAUUAUGGGACAAUAUGCUUCAGGCAAAAUCCUGGUGUUUAAAGUACAAUAAAGUCAAUCUUGUAUUUAGAGACCACUAAAGGGAGUCACCAAAAGUGGUCUCUUAUUAAAAUGGUCUUUAAAUAAAAAAGGCCAUUUAUGAUGAAUGCAGGGUUGGCAUAUUGACCGGUCAAUUGAGUAUUGACCGGGCCGGCGGUCAAUACCCGGUUAAAACCGGUCAAUACUGGUCAUUACUGGUCAUUAUUGGUCAAUACUGGUCGAUUGAAAAUUGUAGCAUUUAAACAUGACAAAGGAAGAAUUUAAGCUAUUCUAUAUUAAAUCAAUCAUUAUUCUGUAAUUGAUAAACUUUUUUUCGAGUUAUCUAUUGUAAAAAAAGCUUUAAAGCUGUAAAAAAAUACUUCUUUAUUAUUUAUGGAAACGGUCUCAAAUACAAAAGAACUAAGGCAAUAUCUUUAUCUCAGUGUAUCACAUCUGUUACUGAAGUAUUAUUACUAUUGUAGUUACCAUAGUAUUUCACUGAUCUAUUUAUAUAUUUAUUUGAUAAGCUGAUGGACAAACAGAACUCUUGUGGUUUCUAGGGUCAUAAAUAAUCUGGCCCCUAAGCCUUAAUUGGUACUAAAAUGCAUGCACUGGUAUGUCUCUGAUAGUGACAAUGAAGAAAAUCUGCCCUUAGGCUAUUUCAUUUCACUCAAACAAAAUGAGAUAACUUGCUAUUAAUGUUAUUAUUUUAAUACUUACUUCUAACUUGUAUUUUUUUCUAUAUUAAGAGGGUUUUCUUACUUUAAAGUUCAAUUGGUCUUCAAAUGAAUGAGCAAUCAAAGUUCUUGAUUUUAGCAACAAAUAAUGUUUACCAAUUGUGGGUCUACUCUAGACUCUUCUUUUCAAUUAUUUCUUUCUUUUAAUAAUUAUUUCUUAUUAAGUUUUUUUUAUUUCAAUGGUAAAAUAGAAUAUUUUUUCACUAUUUUGUUAAAGAAAUCCAGGCAAGAAUACAUGACAAGUAAGGGUUGUGUCAAAGGUGCCAUGUAAGGCUCUAUUAUCAGUUUUGGGUGCCCUAACCUGUAUAGGUUUGAAGACUGUGAAAGACUGAGGAGACAGUGGGGCAUGAGGAACAACUAAAACACAGUAAUUGACAGGUUCUUGUUGAAUCAAGCACAUAAUUUUCUGAGCAUUCAUAAUUCGUUAGAAUUGAAAA